UCUGUUCCUGUGUGUUUCAUAUAGUGUUGUUUGAUCAAUACACCGCAUAAUUUCUCAUAAUCAUGGAAUCGCCAUCUCAAGUCCAAAAAUCUGCAUCUUUGCUGGAAACCGAAUACUGCCAGUCUCCAAGUGGACAAGCUGUCGCGUACGUCUUGAAAGAAUCGCAAAAUUUGGGAAAUACAGGCGCUGUUGCGAGUCCGAAGAUAGCUUCUCCUUAUGCUUCGAAAAAGAGCGUCACCCUAACCGAAAUCAGUCAGAAGAUUGAAGAUUGCGCCGCACGACGUGACAUGCUUAUGGAGGAUAUCAAGGCUAAAAACCGAGAUCACGUUGAUCGGGUGAAGCAAGUUCGAAGAAGCUUGGUAGAGAAGGAGGAAGCUGAGCAAGAACUGAAGAAAAAGCAGAUCGAAGAAAAGCUGUUGACUGCGCAGGAGAAUAAGCUGAAAGAUCUUGAGAAAAUCCGAGACAAAUGCUACCAAGAGGAAAGAAAACUUCAAUUGGCCCAACUGCGCAGGGAGGGCAGCAACAUCAUGAGCAGCCAAGGCGACUCUCAGGAGGAUAUUGAAAAUUAAGCAUGGGGGUCAGCUUAAAUUGAUUUUAAACUAAACAAGAACACAUUGAUAAUGUCUUGAACGAAGUUACACAUUUAAAUAAACUUGAGAACACUUUCAUGAAAUAGUCUUCUAUUUUCAUAUUUUUUACGAAGCAGCUGCCGGGGACGAUUUUUUUUUCAAUUUUGCUUUAAAAGAAUAGAAGACUACCAACUUUAGUAAAUGAAGGGUAUUUUGCAGUUUUAAAACAUUAUCUAGUAAAACAAUGUUGUUUUGAUCGAUAAGGCGUGUUUUCUAACUGUUUGACUCAAGACGUUGGUUUUAACAUGGAUACAUAUUCAUUUUUAAAUCAAUGAAAUUCGUCAAAUUUUAAUGGACCUAUUAUUUAUUGUAACCAAUUGGCUGAUUAUAUUGUGAUUUUGAAAAUUAUUGUUGAUUGACAAAGUUUCGUGAAGUAAUAAUCUGAGUUGACAAAAUGCUGUUUUUGAAAGUAGGUCUCAUUCUUGGAUUAUUUAUGAUGAUAUUUGAGAUGGAAAACUUCCUCCGUUAUUUUAUGCAGUGCUUUGUAUUUGCGGAAAGAUCAUCCGUCAACGCUUCUUGUGUGUGCAAUAAGUUUGUCAAUUUGAUCUUUGUGGCUACUAGUUUUAAUUCAAUUGUGCCAACUUUG